AUGUUAGACGAAAUUCAUAGACAAGAACGUGAAGAGAUGGAAAAGAAACUUCAAGCAAAAGAUGAAGUCAUUGAAGCAAAAGACAAAAGCCUUCAGAAAAGAAUACCACGUUCGGUACCAAAAGGAAAGGAAAAGAACUAUAAGUAUAUGAUUUAUACUGAAGAGAUGGAAAAUGAAGAAGAUAAAGAUAUGGUUAUGUUGCAUUUAGUCAGAAGAAACAACAAAAGCUUUUACGACCUUGCUAAGAUUUACAAAUCUGACAGAAAUUGGUUCUAUCGCGAAAACUUACCGAUUUCAAUGACCCCAAAUGAAGAUGUGAAACAAAUAGUUCAAGAUACGUUACCUCAAACACACUAUGAUAUGAAAGGUUGUACAAUACUUACCUUCAAAGAAGAUUUGCCAUUGUUAAAGGAAAAAAUAACAGAGUAUUUUGACAACUUCAAACAAGUAGGGUAG